AAAGGGCUUGAAUGAAGGGUGUGGAUUAAGUGAGUCGUAAACCACCAGGGGAUCCCGUCUCCCCACAAACCAGCAUCUCUCCGAGGAGGAGGGGGAAGAGGAGGAGACGAGGAGCCCAGCACCAGGUCUCGCCCGCGCGCUCAGCGGCGGGGCGAGGCCGGGCCACCACCCCCUUCCUGGCCAUGCACCGCCUCGCCCGCGGCGGCUCCAGGCACCACGCUCUCCGCCCGGGCUGUGCCCGCUGUUGCGGCGACAAGCUCCUGCAGCCUCCAACACCAUCCGUCAAGGAGAAGAGCCCGCCCAGCCCCACGAUUUCCUUCUCCGCGGGGACAAGCCGCCCAGCAGCCCGCGCCGCUCCCUGGUCAACUUUGAGCAAGAAAAGAAGCAACUUUGCAGUGGUCGCAGGUUUCGAAUCCCUCGGAAGCACUAGCCUCGUUAGUGGCUUGGGUUAGGUGGGGCAAGAAUUUUCCCCGGGCGCAUCAGCUCUGUGUCUGGCUAUUUGCAACCUGUUUCCAGCGCGCCGGUUGCAGGAUUGUGACUGCCAGUCGUCUAGGGAGAGAGGGGCCUUGUUUUUCCUUCCCUCCAGAGACCUUGGCUUGCAACUGAAUAAAGCAGUAUCGAAAGGAUGUAAAUAGGCAGAGCAACUGUAACCAAGAAGGCAAUCACCCCACGGCUGGGAGGAGCGUGGAGAUCCAUCUGGGCUUUCUCAAUAGCAACAUUAAUCAACUGUCAGGUGUUGGUCGCAACUUUACAAGGUCAGUCACGCAGAGCAACGGUUUCCCUCUAUAAACCUUUGGGGUACACAGCGUUGGAUUGGAUUUCGCUGAAGAAACGGACAGGACGCCAAACGAGGAAGCAUUGUAGGGGGUAUUGUGACCCCAAGACCCAUCCCCCACAUCCCCAUUUCCCUGUAAUCUCUGGGCCCCCGCUGCCUGGGCGGGGGUGAGUAUGUGACAUGUGUCUAACUCUCAACAGCAACUUAGGCAGCAGGUGUCGGUCCUAAGCAGGAGCCGCAGCUGCCUGGUGCGCCCACGCCGAGCCAUGCUGGUCCGGAGAGCGCCUCUAGCCCGCACCUCGCGGCUGCUGCUUCUGCUACUGCUCAAGGUUUCUGCAGCUCUUUCGCUCGGGGCCGCUCCAGCGCCCAGGAACCAAACUUCUCUCGGAGAGAGCUACUCACCUACACUGACCCAGCGCCGCAGCAGGGACGCUUGGGGGCCGGGAAAUUCUGCAAGGAAUGUUCUGCGAAGCCGUGCGCCCAAGGAGAGGGAGCAGGAGGCACCGGUGCGCGUGGCACCCUCCUGGGAUCUGCCGGCAGCCCCCGGCGGUGACCCAGGUGCGGGCAGAGUGGCGUCGGCGACAGUGCCCUCGGGACCCCCAGCCAGGCUGUCUGGCUCCUGGAGGUGGAAAGCUGCCCGGAGCCAGGAGCCUCCUGGAGCUUUGGGGAAGGGGCAACUGACAGCCCUCCAACUCUUCCUUCAGAACUCAGAGGAGGAAGAGAAGGGUCCCAGAGGCUCUGGCAUUUCCGGGCGCAGCCAGGAGCAGAGUGUGAAGACGGAAGCCGGAACCAGCGGGCUCUUUUACCGGCCAAGGAGAGCCGGGAAACUCCAGGGCUCCCACCACGAGCCCCCUCCCAAGCCCGUCAGUGGACUGGUGGUGCACGAAGGGCGGACGCUUGCACCCCUAGGCAGGGCGCUGGCGCAGAAUGGGUCCUUGGGCGAAGGGAUUCAGGACCGCGGCGGUCCCCGCCGAGGUAACAGCACCAGCCGGCGGGUGCGGCUCAAGAAUCCCUUCUACCCACUGACCCAGGAGUCUUACGGAUCCUACGCGGUCAUGUGUUUGUCGGUGGUGAUCUUCGGGACAGGCAUCAUUGGCAACCUGGCUGUGAUGUGUAUCGUGUGUCACAACUACUACAUGCGGAGCAUCUCCAACUCCCUCUUGGCCAACCUGGCCUUCUGGGACUUUCUCAUCAUCUUCUUCUGCCUUCCGCUCGUCAUCUUCCACGAGCUGACCAAGAAGUGGCUGCUGGAGGACUUCUCCUGCAAGAUUGUGCCCUAUAUCGAGGUCACUUCUCUUGGAGUCACUACUUUCACCUUAUGUGCUCUGUGUAUAGACCGUUUCCGCGCUGCCACUAAUGUACAGAUGUACUAUGAGAUGAUUGAAAACUGUUCUUCAACAACUGCCAAACUUGCCGUUAUAUGGGUUGGUGCUUUGUUGUUAGCACUUCCAGAAGUUGUCCUCCGCCAGCUGAGCAAGGAGGAGUUGGGGUUUAGUGGCCAAGCUCCUGCAGAACGGUGUGUUAUAAAGAUCUCUCCUGAUUUACCAGACACCAUCUAUGUUUUAGCCCUCACCUAUGACAGUGCACGACUCUGGUGGUAUUUUGGCUGUUACUUUUGCUUGCCCACACUUUUUACCAUCACCUGCUCUUUAGUGACUGCAAGGAAAAUCCGCAAAGCAGAGAAAGCCUGUACCCGAGGAAAUAAGCGGCAGAUUCAGCUGGAAAGCCAGAUGAACUGUACAGUAGUGGCUUUGACCAUUUUGUAUGGAUUUUGCAUCAUUCCUGAAAAUAUCUGCAACAUCGUUACUGCCUAUAUGGCUACAGGGGUUUCACAGCAGACCAUGGACCUUCUAAACAUCAUUAGCCAGUUUCUUUUGUUCUUUAAAUCCUGUGUCACCCCAGUCCUCCUCUUCUGUCUUUGCAAACCCUUCAGUCGGGCCUUUAUGGAGUGUUGCUGCUGCUGCUGUGAGGAGUGUAUUCAGAAGUCUUCAACAGUGACCAGUGAUGACAAUGACAACGAAUACACCACAGAACUCGAACUCUCACCCUUCAGCACCAUACGGCGUGAAAUGUCCACUUUUGCUUCUGUUGGAACUCACUGCUGAAGGACAGCAUUUGGUUUGGUUAGAUUUAUUUGUUUAAUUUUAAUAUCUUUGUGAAAGGUUUUACUUCCUAUUUUUCCUUACAGGGAAAAAUAAAAGAAAAAAAAAGGAAACUAACUAUAGAACUGAAUUUUGCAAAUUAAUAUCUGUGCUUUGAAAAAAAAAUGUUUAUAUUUAGUUAUUUAAGAAGCAUAAGGAGGCUGAUAGUUGUAGAUCACUUUACCUGGUACGGUGCUAAUAUUUUAUUUUAAAAAGUUUACUGCACCUUAACUUAAUUAACUGCUAGUUUUCUUUCUUUCUCUCUAAAAUAAAAUCAUUGUAUAUUAAUUAUAGUCAUGUGGUUUUGGAGGUUAUUUUAUAUUUCAGUUGUGUUUGAAAGUAUAUUGUGUAUGGUAUCGUGAGAUGAUUUGUAGUUAGAAUCACUUACAAAGUAGUACCAAAUAAAUUACACUUUAUUCUUUAAUGUCAUUGUCAAUCUACUUUUAACCAAGAUUCAAUAAAUCUUUUAAUUGCC